AUGGUGUCGGCAGCAUCCGCAGUAAUGGCAGAGUCGGCAGAUUCAGCAGGGACGGCCGUGGGGAGGACGAUCAGCAGCAGCAGUGGCGGCGGGGACGGCGAUUUCAUGACGCCCACAGGCGGCAACACGCCGUCCAGCGCCACCAGCUACGGCUCAGAUUCCUCCUCGGGGGGCUUUGUGCUGCGGCCCUUCGCUGCUGGGCCUCGGGAGUUCCGCACCAUCGCCCAGGGCAUUCUGAAUAAGGUGAACCUAAGUGGGGAGCAGCGGGAGCUGCUAGAGGAAGAGCUGGUGCAGCUGCAGGAGCUGCUCGCACGGUCGCGAGACGAGGAGGAGAGGCUUCGAGCCAAGCUACAGGGCGACGAGCAGCAGUGGCAGCAGCAGCUGCGGGAUUCAGCAGCCGCUCUGGCAGCCAAGGAGGAGGAAGCUAGGGUUCUGCUCUCGCGUGUGGAGGAGGGGGAGAGGGAGAGGGAGAGGCUUCGAGCUGAGGCGGAUGCGGCUAGGCUUGAGGCGGCGAGUGCUAAUGAGAAGCUGGCUGCAACGAAGGAUAAGCUGGGAGUGGCGAUUAGGAAGGGGAAGGAGGUGGUGCAGCAGAGAGAGGUGCUGAAAGGGACACUGGCUGAAGAGACUGCUGUGCUGGAACGGUUGAGGGAGGAGCUGGAGCGAGAGAGGGAGGGGAGGAGGGAUGCGUUGAAGGCUGUGGAGGCGAAGGAAGGGGAACUGGCAGAGGGGAGGCGUAGGGUGGGUGAACUGGAGGGUGAAUUGGAGGAAGGGAGGAAGAAGGUGGAGGAGUUGGAGGCAGCAGUUGCUGCAGCUGAGGGGAAGGCUGCAGGGAUGGUGGAGGAAGGCGGGGAGAAGGUCAGGGAGAUGGAGGAGAGAGUGAGGGAGGCGGAAGAGAGGGUACGGAUAGCUGAAGAGGAGGUGGGUGAGGUGAGAAGGCAGGUGGCGGAUGGGAGGGAGCGUGCUGUGGAGCUUCUAGGGCAAGUGGCGGAGAGAGAUGCGCUCUUGGCGAGGAGAGGGGAGGAGUUGAGGGAGGUGGAGGGACGAGAGAGGGAACUAGAGAGAAGGGUUGCGGAGGAGAUGGAGAGGAGGAUUGAGGAGGGGAGGGAGGAGGGGAGGAGGGAAGUGGAGAGGGAGGUGGGGAUGUGGGAGGGUAGGGUUGAGGAGGAGAGGAGUAAGGCGGAAGAUGCUCUGAAAGAGGUGGAGCGUUUGUCAAAGGAGGUGGAGACGUUACAGGAGAGGGUUGCAGAGACAGAGGGGCAGCUGGCUGCUUUGCAGACCGAACUUGCUGCAGUGAAGGGGGAGGUAGGGGAGAAGGAGGGGGUGGUUUCAGGUUUGGAGGUGAGCUUGAGCGGGGAGAGGGAGAGAGUGAGACAGCUGGAGGAGAUGGUGGAGACGCUGAGAGGGGAGGUUCAGGAGGCUCAAAAGGCAGGUGGUUCAGAAGCAGACGCGAGAGAAAGGGCGAGGGAAAGGGAGAGUGUGCUGACUCGAGAGUUGGAGUCGUUGCAAGCACAAAAAGAGGCGCUGGUGGGUGCUGUAGAGGAUGAGAGGGCGAUGAGGGAAGAGGCGGAGGAGGCUAAGAGGAGGGUGGAAGGAGAGAAGGCAGAGGUGGAGGAGAAGAAGGGGGAGCUUGAGGCUAGAGUAGAGGAUUUACAGGUGAAGCUUGAUGAGAUGAGCUUACAGGUCAAGGGCUGGGAGGAGCAAGUGGAGGGGCUUAAAGCUGAAGUUGUGGGUUGGGAGGAGAGGUUGGCUGAUCGGGAGCGGGAGUUUGCAGGUUCGGCUGCCGAAGCUGAGGUGCGGUUGGAAGAGGUUCGGCAGGAGCUGGAGGGGAUGAGAGGGAGGGAGAGGGAGUGGGAAGGGAGGGUUGGGGUGGUGGAGGAGAGGGUGAGGGAGGGUGAGAGAGCGUUGCUGGAGAGUGAGAGGCUGCUGCAGGAGGAGAGGGAGAAGGGGGAGGGGCUUCAGAGGGAGCUUCAAGAGACGGAGGUGAGAGCAAAUGAGGCUGAAGAACGGGUGAAGGAGGCUGAAGCAAGAGUUGAGGAGGCUGAGAGGAGGAGGAAGGAGGAAGAAGCUAGAUCGAGUGAGCUGUUGCUGCAAGUGGAGGCGAGGAGAGAGAGUGAGGCGAGUGAGGGGAGGGGUGGUGAGAGUGAGGUUGAGUCAUGGAGGGCUGAGUGGAAGGCGGAAGAGGCGUUGCUGCUGCAGAAACAGGCUGAGAUCGAGGGGCUUUUGUUGGCUAAGGGACGUGAAUUUCUGGAGCUGAAAGGUGAGUGGGAGAAGGAGAGGGAUGCGUGGGCAACCGAGAGGGGUGACUGGGAGAGAAAGGCGAAGGGAUGGGCGAUGGAGAAGGAGGAUUUGCUUGGAAGGCUGCAGGGGGAGCGGGAGAAAUGGGAGGAGGAGCAGGGGAGGAUGGAGGAGAGUGAGGGGCAGCUACAGGAGCAGGUGGAGGCAGAGAGAAGGAAAGUGGCUGGGUUGAGAGAGGAGAGGGAGCAGCUUCGGAAGAGGGUGGAGGGGUUGGAGGAGGAGGUGGGGCAGGUGCAGGAACAGGUGGAAGCAGAGAGGCGAAAGGUGGAGGAGUUGAGAGGGAGUUUGGAGGAGGAGGAGAGGCGGUGUGGGGAGAUGCUGGUUGAGUUGCAGGCAGCGACAGAGGGGAGGGAGGAGGAGAGGAGGCAAGCGGCGGGGCUGACAGAAGAGAAGGAGUUGCUGCAAAAGAAGGUGGAGGGUUUGGAGGAGGAAGUGAAGCAGGUGCCGAGGAAGAUGGUGGAGGUGGAGGAGGAGAAGGGGCAGCUACAGCAGAGGGUGGAGGGGUUGGAGGAAGAGGUGGAGCAGCUGGAGCAGAAGGUACAGGCUGCAGAGCGGAAGGACGUGGUCACACUCGCGAAGGUAGUUGCCAGCGAGACAGCCGCAGAGGAAGCAACCAAGCAGCUUCAAUCAGUCCAGGCCGCCCUCGAGGCAAAGCAAGCUGAGAUGGCCUCUCUUCAACAGCAAGCAGAGGAGCUGGAGGAAACCCUAGAGCAGCGCGAGGCAGAGCUCGAGUCCCUAAAAACAGACAUCUCGGCGCGAGAGAUGAUCUGGCAUGCAUCGCAAGAUGCAGAGGCACAAGCAGCAGAGGAUGCUAUUGCUGUGGAAGCGGCUGCUGCUAGGGAGAUGGCGGAGAGAGAAAGGGAUAAGGUGAAGGAGGAAGCAGAGGCGGAAGUAGCGGCUUUGAGGAAGGUUCUGGGAAUGCGGGAGUCGCAGCUGGAGAAGCUGCAGGCUCGGGUGGCCGAGGCUGAGGAGGUGGUUCGGGAAAAGGAGGAGGUUCAGGCGGAGCUGGUGCAGGCUCGGGCUGAGUUGGAGGGGCUUCGGGUGGAGCUUGAGAAAGCUCGAGGGGAGGUGGUUAGGGUUAGGGAGGAGAUGGGGGAGGAGAUGGAGGGAGUGAGGGAGAGUAGUGUGAGAACAGAUGAGGAGGUGGAGAAGCUUAGGGCUGCGUUGGAGGGGUAUAGAGAGGAGGUGGAGGAGGGAGAGAAAAAGGUGAGUGAGUGUGAGAAGAGGCUAGAAGAGAGUGAGAAAGAGAGGAGGGCCGCUCUGGAGAAAAUGGAUUCGUUGCUUGGAGAGCUGAUGGAGAAGAGUGAGGAGAAUGAGAGGGUGAGAGAGGAGGGCGUUAGGCUGAAAGAGGAGGCCAGCCGGUUGAGUGAGGUGGCUAGUAGACUGGAAGAAGAUAUGAAAAGGCGUGAAGAGGAUAUUAGUAGGCUGAAAGAGGAGGCUUUGAGGGGAAGUGGAAGCACAGGAGCUGAUGGGGAGAGGGAGCGACUGGAGGAGGAGGUAGAGCGGCUUACGAGGGAGGUGGAGCAGAAGGGAGCGUUGCAGAAGGCCGCUGAAGACGCAAGGACAGCAGCAGAGGCGAAGAACGCGAGUCUGGUGAAAAAGGCUAAAGAGAGAAUCGAAGGCAUGAAGCAGAAGGUUGCAGUGGAGGCACAGGCUGCUGCAGACGCGAGAGCCGAGGUUGACCGACUGAAGAAGCUUCUAGAAAGGGGAGAUAGGGGAGGGGGUGGAGGAGAGGGAGGAGAGGGAGGAGAGGGAGGAGAGGGUGGAGAGGUUGGAGAGGAUGGGGCAGGGGAGAAAGGAGCAGAGGCGAAGGCAUCAAAUGUUGAAGACGCGGCCGAGAUAGAGAGGCUUCGCGCUAAGGUAUCUCGCCUGGAAACAGAGCUUUCUCAGUUGAAGCAAGGGGUGGGGAACGGGGCAGGAGCAGGGGGAGAAGGAGCAGCAGGGGCGGCAGCAGGGGCGUCAGCAGAGGCAGCAGCAGAGGGGGAGCGGGUGAGGGAGUCACUGAAGCAGGCACAGGAGCAGGUGGCGGGAGUGCGGGAGAAGCUGAGCAAGGCUGUGCGCAAGGGCAAAGCGAUCGAGCAGCAGAAGCUGAAGCUUGAGGCAGAUCUCGCUGCUGCCAGAGCUGAGAUUGACGCUCUCAAGGCGAGCACUGGGACAGGCGCAGGGACAGAUGCAGGGACAAGGGUAGGAACAGGGGUAGGGGCUGCAGUAGCAGCAGCGGCAGGGGCAGGGGCAGCGGCAUUGGCAGGCGGAGGUGUAGCAGCAGGGGAGCAGGUAGAAGAGCUAAGAGGAUUAUUGGCAGAGGCAGAAGAGGCGAGGAGGAAGGAGGGAGAGGCGAGGCAGAGAGAGGAGGAGGCGAAGAGGAAAGAGGAGGAGGCGAGGAGGAAGGCUGAGGAGAGGCUGAAAGAGACAGUGGCAAUGAUGGAAGGAGUGACAGAUGCUCUUGCGGGGAGAGAGAAGGAGUGUGAGGAGCUAAGUAACGAACUUACUGAGCUAAGAAAGUCUCUUAGUAGCGCUCAGGAGGAGGUUGCUAGGCUGAUGGGGGAGGUGGAUAGGUUGGAGGAGGAGGGUGAGAGGGAGAGGGCGGAGGCAGAGGAGAGAUUGGAGAAGUUGAAACGGGAGAGUGAAGAGAUGGAGAGCUUUAAGAGUGCGAAAAUAGCAGAGGUGGAAGAGAUGUUGGCUAUAGUUGAAACGGAUCUUGCUGUAGCGAGGCGGAGAGUUGAGGAGCUGGAGGGGGAGAAAGGGGAGGUGGAGAAGGGGAGGGAGGCGAGGGAGAGGCGAGUGAGGGAGUUUGAGGAGGAGGUGGGGAGGCUGGGGGAGGAGGGGAGGGGAUUGGGGUUGGAGAUAGAGAGAUUGAGGGAGGAAGUGAGGGAGUGGAAGGGAGUGGCUGAGGAGAGGGGUAAGGAUUUGGAGGGUAUGAGGAGGGAAGUGGAGGAGGCGAGAGAAGAGAGGGAGGAGAGAGGGAAGGUAUUGGUGGGACUGGAGGAGAGAGUGAGGGAGUUGCAAGGGGAGUUGGAGGAGGAGAGAAGGAGGCAGGUGGAAGGAGAGGUGAAGAGAUUGGAAGAGGAGAGGAGGAGGGAGGAGGAGGAGAAAGGAAAGAGUGGAGGUGAGGGGGAGGAAGAAAUCGGAGAGGCACAGGCACAGUUGAUGGAGAAAGAGGAGCGGUUGAGAACGGUUGAGGAGCAGUUGAUGGAGGUUCAGUCCCAGCUUGCAACGGUUGAAGAGCGGUUGGUGGCGGUACAGGGAGAGAAGGAAGCAGCAGAGGAGAGAAUUCAAGGGCUGGAGGCAGAGAGAGGCGUGGGGGAAGAGAGAAUAUCUGCACUAGAGGAUGAGAAGGCAGGUGUGGUAAGGGAGUUAGAGCAGGAGAGGGAGAGAAGAGAGGAAGUUGAUAGGAAAUUGGUGGAGUUACAGAGGGGGCUAGACGAGGAGAGGGAGGCAAGGAUGGAGCUGGAAGCUGAGCUGGAUGGUUUGCGUUCUGAGCUGGCAAGUGCUCGUGAUGAGCUGGCGAGUCUCCCUUCUGAGCUGGCAGUGGCUGGCCGUGAGGAGCAGAGGAAGGAUGAAGGUGAGACAGGAGGAGGCAGUGGGGAGGAUGUUGAUGCAGUUGCUUUGAGAGAGAGAGUGAGGGAGCUGGAGGAGAGAGUGAGGGAGGAGGAGAAGAGAGUGAAGGAGGAGGGGGAGAGAGUGAGAUUGCAGGAGGAAAGAGUGAGGGAGAAGGAGGAGAGGGUGAAGGAGGAGGUGGAGAGAGUGAGGGAGGAGGCGGAGAGAGUGAGAGAGCAGGCGGAGAGAGUGAGGGAGUUGGAAAUGAAGGUGGCAAAAUUGGAAGGUGAACUAGCAAAGCUGCAGUUACAGCUAGAAAAGGAAAGGGGGGAACAGAAUGUUACCAAGGAACAGCUGCAGGCGGAUAACGAACGAGCUUGUAACGAGGCCGAGGAGCAAGGGAAGCAGGUAUCCCAACUGAGGGCUGCUCUCUUGGAACUUGAGAGAGAGAGGGAUGCGUGGGCGGUUGAAAGAGAUGCUCUUGUAGCAGCAGAGCGGCAGGUGCAGGAAGAGAAGCGGGGUUUGGAGGAGCAGGGAGCGGUGCUGAGAGGUCGGAUUCAGGAGGUGGAGGCAGAGAGGGAUGGGUUGCAGGCUGCUGUUGGGCGCCUGGAGGGAGAGAAGGGGGGGUUACAGGAAGCAGUGGAGCGGUUGGAAGGGGAGAGGGAGCGACUGGAAGGGGAUAAGGCUGGUUUAGUGGUGGAAGUUUCUCGUUUAGAAGCGGAGAAGGAGGGAGUUGAGAGUGAGAGAGAGCGGUUGAGAGAGGAAUUCGAGGAAGAGAGGAUGAGAGGGGAGAGUGCGAGGGAGGAGGGUGAGGAGAGGGGGAGGAGGGUAGCUGAGCUGGAAAAAGUGGUCGAGGUUAUGAGAGGUGAGAUGGACGAGAUGAGGAGGGAGAUGGAGAAGCAGGCGAGGGAAAGGAAGGAGGGGGAGGAGGUGGGUAGGGAUGAAGCGGAUAAGGAUGAGAAGGAGAGGAGAUUAGAUGAUUUGGAGCGAGCUUUGCAAGAGAGGGAAGGAGAGGUAGAGAGACUGGUGAAGGAGGUGCGGGUAAAGGAGCUGACCAUUGAGGAGCUGACCAUUGAGGAGUUGACCAUCGAGGAGUUGAGAGGUCAAGUUGUGGAGAGGGAGGGGGAGCUUGCGAGGCUGAGGGAAGAGGUGAGGGAGAAGGAAUUGAUGAUGGAGGAGUUGAGAGUGCAAGUCGGGGAGAGGGAGGGGGAGAUUGAGAGGUUGAGGAGUGAGGUUGGGGAGAGGGAAGGGGAGGUAGAAAGGCUGAGGCGGGAGGUGGGGGAGAAGGAGGCAGCAGUGGCGUCGGUGGCAGCGGCACGGAGCAAGGCAGUGGAGAAGCUGAAGAUGAUGGUUGAUAAGCUCAAGGAGGUGCAAGCGCAGUCGGAGGCAGUGGUGCAGGAAGCAGAGAUGCGAUUGGAGGAGAAGGACAGGGACAUGGAGGAGCGGCUGAGGGAGAAGGAUGCGGAGCUGCAGGGGGUGUGGGACCGUCUAAGAUUGGUCGAGGCUCAAUCGGGAGGGGUGGCAGACGGCAGUGCUCCUGCCCCUGCAACCGCUGCUGUUUCUGGUUUCUCUGGUGAUCAGGCAGACGCAGCUGCUGCUACUGGAGCUGUUGCUGGGGCUGAUGCUGGCGUUCGCAGUGCUGCUGCUGCAGGUGGUGAGGGGGAGAGCAUGGCAAGUGGUGCAGUAGCCAUGUGGCAGGAAGCUCUUUCUUUGGCGCCGCAGCAGCAGAAAUCUGAGGCAGGCGCUGCUGCUGGUCUUCCUGACGUGGCAGAGAAGGAUGCUGAGCUGGCAAGGCUGCGCGAUGAGGUGGCGGUGGCGGGCGAGGCGGUGAGGGUGCUGGAGGGACAACUGGAGUCUGCGAGAAGAGAGGCAGACGACCUGAAGCGCAAGGCAGUUCCCUCACCCCUGCCCUCUUCCUCCUCCUCCUCAGCAUUAGCCUCAGCGUCAGCCUCCACGCUCCUGCCAGUCACCACACAGAGGAAGGCAGCACCUGGGGGAGGUGCAUCUGACACGUCAGCAGAGUACCUGCCUCUGCUGGCGCAGCAGCUCGCCACGUCAUCGUCCGCCUCGCUGGCAGGCCACACAGCGCUGCAGAUUGCUGACUCAUACCCCGACGAUGAAGUGCACGGAUUCAAGUCAAUCGUCAGUGCCUUCCGCUUCCUGCCAUCCUUCCUGCACCCAGCUGCCAAGGGCAUUGAUCGCCUAUGUGUGGCGGGAGGGCAGUCGCUGAUGGCACGGCCCAUGAUGAGGCUGCUGCUCGUGCUCUACUGGAUGGCCAUGCAUGCUGCCAUGCUCGCCAUGCUGGCCGCCCUCACUGUUGCUUGA